UCCGACGGAAACAUGUACGCCGUAUUUUGUCUUAUUUUGAUUUCGAAUUACGCUUUUGUUCAGGGCGAGUUUGUAUUCAAGAAAAAAUGUAGAGAUGUGGACACUUCAUUGUGUACCGUUCAUAACGUGAUGGUUGAACCUUGUGGCGAAGGCCCGAUCUUCUGCGCUCUCAAGAAGAAUAAGCCUUACAGCAUAAGCUUAGACGUUACUCCACACUUUUCUGCGAAUAAAUUGCAAGCAGUCAUAAAGGGAGACGUCCAAAACCAAAACACUUUCUCGACUACCUUCACGAGAUCAGCAGAGUACAAUGACCUACUGGACAAUACUUUAUCGGAAGGGAAGCGAACACACAUACAACUCCAGUUGGCUGUGGACAAACGCGCCUCUGGCAAAUUCCCAUUGGAAGUUCGCGUUUGGGACGAGGAUGAUACGUCUCAUGUUUGUUGCUCAAUAUUUACGGUUAAAAUCAAAUAAGUUAUUUAAUUCUUGUGAAUAUAUUAUCAUGUAAUAACGGUAAAUAAAAAGUUGUUUCAGUAAUAA